GCGGGACUUGUGCGCACGCGCAGACGCAGUUGGCUGUCCGGGCCAGCGAGGUGAGGCGCCGGCACUCGCGCGGAGGCGAGGGGGACGAGUUGGUGUGAAAUGAGCAACUCUGAAGAUGAGGACCUCCCCCAGCUCUCUUCCCAUGCCCUUGCAGCUCUGCAGGAAUUUUAUGCUGAGCAGAAACAGUACACUGACCUCGGUGGCGAUGACAAGUAUAACAUUGGAAUAAUAGAAGAGAACUGGCAGCUGAGCCAGUUUUGGUACACUCCGGAGACCGCCCUGCACCUUGCAGAGGAAGCCGUGGCAGCUGCUGGGGAAGGUGGCAGAAUAGCAUGUGUGAGUGCCCCCAGCGUUUACCAGAAGCUGAGAGAGCUGCACAGAGAAGACUUUUCUAUCUGUAUCUUCGAAUAUGACCACAGGUUUGCCAUAUACGGAGAGGAGUUUAUCUUCUAUGAUUACAAUAACCCAGUGGAUUUACCUGAGAAAAUUGCUGCACACAGUUUUGACAUUGUAAUAGCAGAUCCCCCCUAUCUCUCUGAGGAAUGUCUUAGAAAAACGUCGGAAACCAUCAAGUACCUGACCCGGGGCAAGAUUCUGCUGUGCACAGGUGCCGUCAUGGAGGAAGAGGCAGCAAAACUUCUUGGAGUGAAGAUGUGCAAGUUUAUUCCAAGACACACUCGAACCUUGGGAAAUGAAUUUCGCUGUUACGUGAAUUAUGAUUCUGGGCUGGACCGUGAACUGUGAACGCAGCUGGUAAUACAAUGUAGUAAAGGACCCAUGUGACAUUUCCCUCUUUUUAUUUUCUUAGUAGACUGAAAAGCUACGACCUCCCCUCCUCCCUCACAAACUGGGGCUCUCCCCGGCCUAACUUUCAAGAUGAAGAAGACAACAUCUUGUUGUGAUUUCCUUAGUGAGGGCAUCCCUAGAGCUUGGGAUGCUUUUGCCAACUUGAAUCAGUGGAAUUAUAUUUGGAAGAAGUCAUAGAAGCAUCUAGUCUACUGUCCUCACUUAACGCAGGUAAAGAGCAGAAGCACAGGCAGCUUAGUGACGGGCCCGCGGGUAAAGAGCAGAAGCACAGGCAGCUUAGUGACGGGCCCGCGGGUAAAGAGCAGAAGCACAGGCAGCUUAGUGACGGGCCCGCGGGUAAAGAGCAGAAGCACAGGCAGCUUAGUGACAGGCCCGGACCUUGGCCUCUGCCUGGGGCGCAUCCUGUGUGCCUGCGGACACCCGAGUGCGCUUUGACAGCCAUGCCGUUUGGAGUUGUAGCUGAGGACGGGGUUGUGUCCAGUUCACAGUUGCCUCCCAGGAGCUCAGUGCCCAGGAGAGGUAUUUGUUAAAUGGAUGAGUGUUCCAUUCAGAGAAAAAUGCAAAUACAGGUGCCUUUCUAGAUCUUGGCAGGGAAAGCUGAUUCUUCCAUUGGGAAUGCGUUACCUGUUAACAGCUAACAUUAGUUAAACUGAUGAUGAAUACAGUUUAUGGAAUAGCAGUAUUAUCCCCAUGCAAACCAUUUACUCUCCUUCAGUCCACUCCUCUGAUGUUUGCACUAUGUAUGUUUGAGGAGUGGCUAGAAAAUGUUACUUACCCAAGGUUUGAAAGGCAAUAUUUCUUUUUUGAUGUUGAUCUGAACCUUCUGUUUUCUGCACAAGAAUAUGCUAGAUAUACCACCACUAGGUUUACUUUUUUCCCCAGAGGUUUAGCACAGAAGUAAAAUUCCCCAAAUGGUAUAUAGAACUACCCACAGCUAUCAAUUUCAAUUUUGAAUUUUUUAUUUGGAAAAUAUGAAUUUUGCUCAGCAAUGUUUUCAUGCACAACCUCUGUCAAUAUUUGGUACAAACUGAAAAUUCUCGGUUGACCUUCCAUCCAGAUCAAACCUAGGCUGAUUGUAAGUAGGGCAAGAGCAUAUAAACAGCGAUGCAGAGAGGCUGACUCUGCAGAUGAUCUUCCUAAACAUCAACCAUAAAAUUAAGAUAAAGUGAAGACCUUAAUUAACAGUUUCCUCUGAAAAUUAGUGGAGCCAUCAAAGCAGAGUCCAGAGAGAAAUGCACAGCCAGCGUGCCCUUCACCUACAAUUGUUAAGGAUUUUAAAGCAAGUUAAGAACUUCUUACUUUUACAAAUAAUUGUGUUCAGGGACAGACUUAAGCCUAAAGAAAAGAGUAAAGGUUAAGCUCACGCAGUUGUAGAAGAGGACUGCUGAUUUCUGGGAAUUUUAAGUCUGCAAGUGAAAAAAAUAAACCUGCGGCGAUUUAUAUCCUCAUGAAUAAAGCAAGUGUGAGAUUCUGGGGUGAGCUGAGCCUCUCAGAGGGAGGGCAGGUCCCAUGCAGCCAUGUCCACUGGUGACCGUCAGCAACAGGCGGGAUUCAGGGACCCAGGCCACAAGGCGGGCUAGAGGGUGAGGGUUCCACCUGCGCUUCUAAAAACUCCUGCUGAGGAAGUGAAAACAAUGUUUAUAAAAUGUUUACGUGUCAAGUAAAAUGUUGUUUUUAAUAUACUUGCUGAAAAUGGCUAACAUAGUUUCUGCCCCUACUGGAAACAGCUGAAUAAACAAGAAGGUAUAUGGUAA